AUGGGAAUCAAAGGCGCCAGGAUAUUAGCAUACUUUCCUACGCCAUCAAUAAGCCAUCAAGUAGUAUUUCGUCAACUCACACAGGCACUAGUAGCACGUGGGCAUGAGGUAACAGUCGUUACCCCCGACCCAGUCUAUCCAAAGGGAAAGUCUCCAGCCAAUUUGAGAGAAAUUGACGUCCAUGACAUAUCAUACGAACUAUGGGAUGGCGUUUUAAAAUAUCACAGAGGAAACAAACAAGAUAUUUUGCUUCAAGUGAGAGCAAUUUUUGAAAAAUUCACAACAAUUUUAGACGCGCAAUUACAAACACCGGAAGUGAAAGAAAUAUUUCUUAAGGACAUAGAUCAUUAUGACUUACUACUACUUGAAGCAUGUAACCGGGCAGUUCUGGGAUUUUCUCAUAUAUUUAAUGCACCAGUGAUUACUAUUAGUUCUUUUGGAGCUGUUCCGAUUCAAUACAGUAUUAUGGGUGCUCCUGUACAUCCAUUAUUGUACCCAACAGCUGGAAGUCUGAGGCUAUAUAACCUUUCACUCUUGGAAAGGGGCAUUCAACUAGUGUCGUACUUUUUAUUUGACUUUUUAAUCAAGGAUACUGAUGAUUAUGAUUAUAGGGUAAUGCAGAAAAACUUUGGUGAAAAUGUUCCUACGUACUAUGAAUUGACCAAAAAUAUUCAAAUUAUGUUUCUAAACGAACACCCGUUCUGGGCUGAUAACCAUCCUGUGCCUCCCAGCAUUAUCUAUAUUGGUGGUAUACAUCAAAUAAAGGAAAACGAACUACGUGAUGAUCUCAAAAACUUUUUAGAUUCCUCAAAGCAUGGGAUUAUUUACGUUAGUUUUGGCACCAAUGUUUUACCAUCAUUUCUUCCUCCGGAAAAGAUUGAAGUUAUGACAAAAGUUUUUUCUGAAUUACCUUAUGACGUCUUAUGGAAAUACGAUAAAGAUGUUUUACCUGGACAGGCGAAAAAUAUUAAAUUAUCAAAAUGGUUUCCUCAACCGGAUAUUUUAAAACAUCCAAAUGUAAAAUUAUUCAUAACCCAGGGAGGAUUGCAGUCUUCUGAUGAAGCUAUCGACGCUGCUGUGCCCGUAAUUGGUAUCCCGAUGUUAGUAGAUCAAUGGUACAAUGUUGAGAAAUAUGUUUAUCAUAAUAUUGGCCUGCAAUUAGAUAUUACGACUUUAACAGAACAAGAGUUUAAAGAUUCUAUUGAAAAAGUGAUCAACGAUAAAAGCUUCAAGAAUAAUAUUACAAGACUUCGGACAGUUAUGAGAGAAUAUCCCAUUAAACCUCUGGAUCUUGCCGUUUGGUGGACAGAACAUGUAAUUAAAUACGGCGGGAGUCAUCUUAAAUCACCAGCAGCUAACAUGUCAGUGGUUGAAUACUAUGAAGUCAAACUAGUGCUUCUUAUUCUGAUAACAUUUCUAGCUGUCUUUAUUUUAUUAGCUUGGCUUAUUAAAUCGAGCUAUAAAUUGAUCUGUUAUGUAUGUAGAACAAGCAUAAAGUUAAAAAUACAUUAG